UUCAAAGCAGCGGUUGACAAGAAGAUCAUUCCGAAAAUGAAAACCUUCUCCUUUUAUUGCCUUCGUUAUGGGUCGGUCUGAAAAGCGGGUUUUCUGAUCGAUCGAUCGGCAUUAGCAAGAAUGGGUUGGAAAGGGUGUCAGGAAGUGGCGAAUACGAAGCCUCUCCUCACGGCGAUCUACGCCACUGUUAUAGUUGGUGUAAUCUUCUCGUCGUUUUAUGUCUUCUCCGCUAUAUACUCCGCCAACUCUGCAGCUAACUCAAAAAUCUCCUGGCUCUCAGCUCCUUCCGUUUCUUUUUCCACUCCAACACGACAAGAACUUAAUUUUUCUCGAUCAGCAACUGUGGAUACAGUACUUGGGUCUACACCUGGGCCUCAAACCCUGUGGGUGCCACCUAUUUGGGCAAUUCCCCCACGGACUGAAAAAAUGCCACCUUUGAAGACUUUUCGGCUGUCCAAAGAACUGGUUCAGAAAAGGGUGAAAGAUAAUAUCAUUGUAGUGACCUUUGGUAACUAUGCAUUCAUGGAUUUUAUCCUGACUUGGGUUAAGCACUUGACAGAUUUGGGGCUCUCUAAUCUUCUCGUUGGUGCUAUGGAUACCAAAUUGUUGGAGGCUUUGUAUUGGAAAGGUGUUCCCGUUUUUGAUAUGGGCAGCCAUAUGAGCACAAUAGAUGUUGGUUGGGGCUCUCCAACAUUUCAUAAGAUGGGGAGAGAAAAAGUUAUUCUGAUAGAUUCCAUCCUCCCUUUUGGUUAUGAGCUGUUGAUGUGUGAUACGGACAUGGUCUGGUUGAAGAAUCCGCUUCCAUAUCUUGCUCGUUAUCCUGGAGCAGAUGUCCUAACUUCUAGUGAUCAAGUUAUACCAACGGUUGUUGAUGACAGCCUAGACAUUUGGCAACAAGUUAGUGGAGCCUACAAUAUUGGAGUAUUCCACUGGAGGCCAACACAUUCUGCAAAAAAAUUGGCAAGAGAAUGGAAAGAUAUGCUUUUAGCCAAUGAAAAAAUAUGGGAUCAAAAUGGGUUUAACGAUAUUGUCCGCAGGCAAUUAGGACCAUCUGUGGAUGAGGACAGUGGACUUGUUUAUGCUUUUGAUGGACAACUUAAGCUGGGAAUCUUGCCCGCAAGUAUAUUUUGUAGCGGACAUACAUAUUUUGUACAGACCAUGUAUCAGCAACUUCGAUUGGAGCCAUAUGCAGUGCAUACCACAUUUCAGUAUGCAGGUACUGAAGGAAAGCGCCACAGGCUGCGGGAAGCAAUGUUUUUCUAUGAUCCACCAGAUUACUAUGAUUCUCCAGGGGGUUUCUUGUCGUUUAGGCCAUCUAUUCCAAAGAGCUUGUUGCUAGAUGGGGAACAUAAUAUUGAGUCACACUUUUCUCUCGUGAAUUACCAAAUAAAACAGAUAAGGACGGCACUUGCUAUUGCAUUGUUGUUGAAUCGGACACUGAGAGGAAGGCAUGGUGAAUACCACACUGUUAAAUCUGCUGAUAUGGAAAUUCUUAACUUUGAUGAAGUCAAGAUUCAAUAUUUGGAGAGGUUGGAUAGGCUGUGGUUUCCACACCCUGGAGUUCUGGAAGGUUCUAUGACUAGGCAACCUUUUCUUUGCCCUCUGGACCAUGUAUUUGAGGUAAAUAUCAUGUUGAAAGAACUGCCAGAGGAGGAAUUUGGCCCCGGAAUUGAUAUUAGGGAGUACUCUUUUCUUGACAAUCCAUCAGUCCCAGAAAAGGUGAGAGAAUCAUGGCUUGACGUUCAGCUUUGUCAAGGAACCCAAGAUUGUCAUGCAUUUAAUGAUACCGGUCCACCGGGCCUAAUCAGAUUUCCAAAACGCAGCAAUGAAGAAACGUUCAAGUCGGUAUUCUCGUCAUUCAAGGAUGUCAAAGUUAUUCAGUUCUCUUCAAUGCAAGAUGCAUUCCUAGGUUUCGAUGACAAGACAAGGGAACAGAGAUUCAGGAAUCGCGUGAAGAGGUAUGUUGGUUUAUGGUGUUGUGUGGAUAAUCACACCCCGGGACACAUAUAUUAUGACAUGCACUGGGAUGAGAAACCUGGCUGGAAACCGAUUCCGCCCCAAACUCCAGAAGAUGAUCACCCACCUUUGUGAGGCCCAACCCAACCUUGCGGUGAAGGUCCUGCAAGAGCAAGGGAGUCACAAGAAAAAGCAUCCAGAGCUGCUGGUUUAGUUACUAACCGUUCAGACUUAGGACGCUAUUCACGUUUGUAAAAGCCAAGAGGUUUUACCCAAGUAGAGACUCUAAUUUAAUACAUUGAGAUGAGAUUGGCAUGUACAUUUUCUAAGAGAAUUAAAUAGUAAUAAUAAUGAUUUGUAGCUUUUCAACAGUGCAGAAAGUAAUGAAAGCUAAUAAUGAUUCAGAGUAA